AUGUCGGCCGAGCUGUUGGAUAGUGGUAGGGACAGCGGCAGGGACAGCGGUAGGGCCAGUGAUGUCCCAACGCCGGCCCGCAAAGAGAAGAAGCGCGUCGGUUGGCACACCAGUAGCAGCAGUGGAGGUGGUGGUACUGGAGGAGAAUCAGCCAGCCAAUUUGACCUCUCAACCCUAUCCCCAUCAGCUUCUCCCAAGCUCCCUGCUGGCGCCUUAAGUCCGGGCGGCCCGGACGCUUUUGAGCUUAGCCGCAAGCUCACCAAAGUCUUGUCGGACGAGUCGUUUGAUAACACCGUCGUCGACCAACCGUCGCCUCAGUUUCACUUGCUACCUGAUUUGGACCCUGCUGCCAACCGCGCGCUUGGAAUCCAUCCCCCACGACCGGCAUUACGACGCAACACGAGCUAUGAUGUACCUCAUGAGCAGGAGGAGGCCGACAAAGCCGAGCAACUAGCGGACAAGAGGACCCUGAGAUCCAUAAACGACGCGAGAAAUAGAGCAGACAAGCUUGCCAUUUCAUUGGGUAGUCACUCUGCCCCAGGUUCCAGACGAAACUCUGAGGACCUUGGUGCCUCAUUCCAGAGUUUGCUCAGCGACUCAGAUGACCCCCACAUUGGAAGAAGCCCGCAUGAAUAUGAAGCCAUUAAUGCUGCCACUUUGGACGAGCAUGAAAUAGCCGAGAAGCUCGUUCGUUCACUCUCGCGCAAGGGAAGAAAAGAUCUCUUUAACCCUCACCUUCCCCGGGCCACGUCUGGCACCUCAACUCCCGUUGCUCAGCAAAACUAUGUCCAUGACUAUGUGCCCCGACCCAGCAAAUACCGUGGAGGAGUCCUCUCCUCGCUCCUCAAGCUCUAUCACGAUGAUAGAUCCGCUGGAGGAGGAAGAGGACAUGGCAGCACUGGGAACAACACACCUACGACCAAUCCUUCAACUCCCGUCAUUUCGCCACGGCCCUCACCCCCGACCUCGAGACCUGUAUCUCGAUCUGGAACCCCAAGGUCUAAGCGCUCUAGCGGUUUGUUCAGCCUCCACCGGUCGCACAACUCAGGAUCUUCUCUUACCCUAACUGAACUCAUGAAGUCGUCGUCCAUCUUCGCAGCACCGGGCUCCAGCGAGCUCUCCGACCGUAUGGCCGAACAAAUCCGUCGCGAGAAUGCCGCCCAGCACCCCCCAAAGCCAAAGAAAGACCAAGCCCGCAUCACCGUUCACAUUGCGGGCAUUAUCUUCCGCCACCGAUACCUUAUUAAGCUAUGCCGAGCACUCAUGAUGUACGGGGCACCGACUCAUCGCCUGGAGGAGUACAUGAUGAUGUCGUCCCGCGUUCUCGAGAUCGAGGGACAGUUUCUGUACAUCCCAUCCUGCAUGAUCAUCAGCUUCGACGACAGCACUACCCACACAACAGAAGUUAAGCUUGUUCGUGUGCCGCAGGGUGUCGACCUAGGUCGUCUCCGAGACGUCCACAUUAUCUAUAAGGACGUUGUGCACGACUUGAUUAGUGUGGAGGAGGCGACGAAGAGACUCGACGAAGUUAUGAACCGCGCCCCGAAGUUCAAUGUCUGGUUCCGUGUGUUCAUGUACGGUGUCGCAUCGGUUUGUGUGGCUCCAUUCGCGUUCAAGGGCCGAUUCAUCGACCUGCCGCUUGCAUUUUUACUCGGCUGCAUUGUCGGAGUGCUCCAGCUGGUUCUUGCCCCGAGCAACGAUCUAUAUGCCCACGUCUUUGAAGUUUCUGCAUCCGUGGUAACAUCAUUCCUUGCCCGUGGGUUUGGUUCCAUCAAUGGUGGCAAGACCUUCUGCUUCAGCGCGUUGGCCCAGAGCAGUAUUGCAUUGAUCCUCCCCGGAUACAUGGUCUUGUGCAGCUCGCUGGAGCUGCAGAGCCAAAACCUUGUCGCUGGUAGUGUUCGUAUGGUUCACGCCAUGAUUUACACCCUGUUUCUCGGAUACGGCAUUACCAUUGGGGCCUCACUGUACGGUAUGCUCGACUCCAAUCCAACGAGCGCAACUACAUGUGACAAUCCACUGGUUCGUGAAUGGAAUUUCUUCUUUGUGCCUGGAUUCACUCUCUGCUUGUGCAUCGUCAACCAGGCCCAAUGGAAACAAACUCCGGUAAUGCUCAUCAUAUCCCUGGCCGGCUUUUGUGUCAACAGCUACACCAGCGAUUACUUCAACAACAACCAGAUCUCCAACAUGCUGGGCGCUCUCGCUGUCGGUCUCCUCUCCAACCUUUAUUCACGACUUGGAGGGCACAUCCAACAUGGCUGGCUGGAUCUGCUGGAUUGGUGGCAGUACAAGGUACUCCCCCGCUUCUCCAAGAGCAGGAGGCGAAGAAUGAACAGGAAGGCCAGCGAGGACUGGGGCAUGUCCGACCCCGAAUCUCGACCAGUGUCGCCUGUGGAGGCAGAGCCACCGCGAAAGAAGAGACCAGCCGGCUACAGCCUGGCAGCGGCGGCCAUGCUUCCCGCUAUUUUUGUACAGGUUCCUAGUGGUCUCGCGGCAGGAGGUUCCCUCCUGGCCGGCAUCAAUUCUGCCAAUGAGAUUACCAACGGCAAGAAAACCGACACGACUGCCACCAAUAACCUUGAUGGGACUGCAUUCAAUGUACUGUUCAGUGUCAUUCAGGUGGCCAUCAGCAUUAGUGUCGGUCUCUUCAUGAGCGCCCUGAUUGUUUACCCCCUGGGUAAACGCAGGAGCGGUCUUUUCAGCUUUUAG